AUGAGCUCAUCCGAGUCCAAUGGUCCCCGACGGGCUGGUUCCAUCGACCCAUACUCCAAUUCAGAGAUCUACUAUGGCAAUGAUGAUCCUUCUGCCAGAAACAGAGAUCGCAGACGCGCCUUUUCUACGAGCGUGAGAGACAAUGAGAGAGAUAAUAUCCACGACCUCUUAGGCACACUCCCCACCAGACGAGGUAGUCACGAUGAGGCAUCUGGAAACCCCCGCAAGUUCCUCAUCGACGUUGAUGAGACCCUUGGUGCACUGCUGAAGCAGGAGGAUACCGACAAGAACAUGCAGAUUACAAUCGAGGAUGCUGGGCCAAAGGUACUCUCGGUCGGAACAGCCGGAUCCUCGGGAUUUAGACGUGUGGAUGUGCGUGGCACAUACAUGCUCUCCAAUCUCUUGCAGGAGCUUACUAUCGCGAAAGACUACGGUCGGAAGAAUAUCAUCCUCGACGAAGCACGCCUGAGCGAGAACCCAGUCGCACGCCUCUCCCGUCUGAUCAAGAAUUCCUUCUGGAAGGCCCUCACGAGACGCAUUGAUGGAUCCAAUAUCGAAAUCGCAGGCAAAGAUCCGAAGGACUGGACCGAUGAUCCCCGCCCUCGCAUUUACAUCCCACCUGGUGCCCCCGAGCAGUUUGAAUAUUAUACCAAUAUCGCCGAGAAACACCCGGAAUUGAGAUUGGAUGUGCAACUGCUACCGGCUGAGAUCACACCAGAUUAUGUCAUGGGAUUGGUUGACAAGCCCGGACUACUUGCCCUCGCCAUGGAGAAGAAGUAUAACGAGGACACCAAACAGGAAGAACUCUACUUUGAAUCUUUGGGUCUGAUUGUUAGCGACCGUGUUGACCUUGCUAAGGGCAUGGUCGUCAACUUCUGUUUCUGCAUCAAGCAUUAUGGAAAGAUUCUAAACGCCAACCGAACCUACUACCUCACUCGCUCUCAGCCACCAUUCUUGACUGAUAUGGCUCUGCGUGUAUAUGAACGAAUUAAGAGCGAGCCCGACUCCAAGGAGUUCCUUCGAAACUCUGUUCUUGCUGCCAUUAAGGAAUAUCACACGGUAUGGGCGUGUGAGCCACGCCGCGAUCCGAUUACUGGGCUCUCGAGAUAUCGCCCCGAAGGUUGGGGUGUACCUCCAGAGACUGAACCAACCCACUUCCUUCACAUCCUGACGCCGUAUGCGGAGAAGCAUGGCAUGACCUUCGAAGAGUUUGUCAAGGCAUACAAUGAACGGACCGUUGUCGAGCCGGAACUGGAUGAAUACUUCCUCCACGACCGAGCUGUGCGCGAGUCUGGCCAUGAUACCAGCUACCGUCUCGAGCGCAUCUGCGGAAACCUCGCAACUGUCGACCUGAACUCUUUGCUGUAUAAGUAUGAGGUGGACAUUGCGCGUAUAAUCCGUGUUCACUUCAAGGAUAAGCUGUCGAUCCCACAAGAGUUCCGCACAGCUGCCACCCAAGACAUUGAAUUUGAAUCAUCCGCCGCUUGGGAUCGCCGUGCCCGCAAGCGCAAGCAAACUAUGGAUCAAUUGAUGUGGGACGCCGAUAAGGGCAUGUUCUUUGAUUACAACACAGUCACCAAGGAGCGCAAGGUAUACGAAACCGCAACUACCUUCUGGGCAAUGUGGGCCGGUCUUGCUACACCUCAGCAAGCAGCACAGAUGGUGCAAAAGGCGCUGCCUCGGCUGGAAGCUUUCGGUGGUCUGGUCUCGGGAUCGGAAGAGUCACGAGGCCCAGUCGGCCUGGAGCGACCCAAUCGGCAGUGGGACUUCCCUUACGGCUGGGCACCUCAACAGAUGCUCGCCUGGACCGGGUUCCUGCGCUAUGGGUACGAGGAAGAGGCAGAGAGAUUGGCGUAUAAGUGGCUUUACAUGAUCACCAAGGCUUUCGUUGACUUUAAUGGCGUUGUCGUCGAGAAAUAUGAUGUGACUAGGCCGAUCGACCCUCACCGAGUCGAUGCCGAGUACGGAAACCAAGGUACCAAUUUCAAGGGGGCACCACGUGAAGGGUUCGGCUGGGUCAAUGCCAGCUAUGUCUAUGGAUUGGACAUUCUUAACGCGCAUAUGAGACGUUCCUUGGGAGCUAUCACACCCUACGAUACUUAUUAUCGGGCGGUUAAUGGGCCGGGUGCGAGCGCAUUUUAG